AUGACGUACGACUUCAUCAUCAUCGGCGGCGGCACCGCCGGCUCCGUCCUCGCCUCACGCCUCCACCAAGCAACAACAACCACCUCGAUCCUCCUCAUCGAAGCCGGCCCCGACGUCAGCACACGCGCUGAUGUACUCGACGGCACACAAUGGCCUCGCCUACUCCGCACCGAGCUCGACUGGUGCGACGUGACCGUGCCACAGAGACACUUGAACGGUCGCGAGUUGCCCAAUUUCGCGGGUAGAGCGUUGGGCGGGAGUUCGGCCACGAAUGCUGGCGGCUGGACACGCGGCGAAAACAAAAACUACGACACCUGGUCCCGUCUCCUGUCCGACCCCCGCUGGUCCUACGACAAUCUACUGCCGUAUUUCCGCAAAAUCGAGACGCAUUUCGACCCCCAUAGCGAUCCGGCGGUGCACGGAUUCGACGGGCCCAUCAAGACCGAGCCAGCAGCUCGCAGACAGUAUCCCCUACGCGACCAGGUCAAGACAGCAUGGACUUCGCUGGGCGUCGCGCACAAGACGGACAUGAACGAUGGCGAUCCGAUCGGACUAGGUGAUUUGGUUGAGAAUCGGGUUGAUGGGCGACGGAGUAUUUCCUCGUCGGCGUAUGGACUCGAGGGGGUCAAGGUACUAACGGACACGCUUGUCAAGCGGGUUGUUGUGUCGGAAAUAGACGGUGUGAAAGUGGCUACAGCCGUCGAACUGGCAGACGGCACCAUCAUAGAAGCCAGUCGCGAGAUUAUCAUCUCAGCAGGCGCGUACCGCUCGCCCCAAAUCCUGCUGCUCUCCGGCUUGGGCCCGCGCGACGAACUGGCACAACACGGCAUCGAGACAGUAGUCGACCUGCCGGACGUCGGGCGGCAUUUCCAGGAUCAUUGCGCGGUGAGCCAGUGGUGGAAGCUGAAGGAGCCGGAAAAGGGGCUGUCUGUGGGCUCGCCUGCGUUCAACAACCCGAUCUAUUUCAAGGGAAACGCCGUGGACUUUGUAGUAACCCAGCCAGUGUCACCAGAGGGCCUGCUGAAGGCGCUGGCUGCAGACGCCGAGGCCAAUCCUGAGCUGCAUCCGUUGGUGCUGCAACGGGGGCAUUUGGAAUUGUAUAUCUUGUAUGCGGCGAGGAACCAGCAGAACCCGGCCAUUGUCCCGGAUGGUACGCACAUCACGACCUCUGCGGUGGUUAUGCUGCCUACCUCGCGAGGCUCGAUUCGACUGCGAGACGCCAACCCUGCGAGUCAGCCACUGAUUGACCCCAACUACGCGGCCACAGAAGCAGACCGGUAUGUGCUGAGAGAAGGUUUGCGGUUAAUCCACAAAGUAGUGCGUGAGACAGCAGCUGGACAGGAAUUCGUUGCGUCUGAGACUGUCGAGGACGGCUUUUCACCAAUUUCUGCCGAGUCGACUGACGACGAGCUCAACGAUCUGAUCCGGCGACGAUUGGGAACCAUGUUCCACCCCGCCGGCAGCGUCGCCAUGGGCAAAGUGGUCGACAGCGAGCUGCGCGUCCACGGUGUCGAGAGGCUGCGCGUGGUGGACGCCAGCGUGAUGCCAUCGCCGGUGGUUGGGCACAUCCAGAACGCAGUGUAUAUGAUUGCCGAGCGCGCGGCGGAUUUUAUCCUAGGCUCCGUUUAG